AUGCACCGAGAGAGGCAAUCUCGUGACCGGAAAAUGCUUGAUGGAAGGUGGCUUCUCGGCGGAAUGGUGGCGGUAGUGCAGGUGGAAACCGUCCGUCAAAUCAAAGCAGAAGAAGAUCACGAAACACAAGCGAAGCGGCUAGUGCUACCGCUGCCCCAUCAUGUCGGUGUAGAAGGAAAACAAACCCACGACAGCCUCCCUGCUGACAAAGGAGUCUUUACAAUGGCAGGAGGAGAGGAGGAGAGAGGGGUGGUUCGUGUCAAAGUCAAGAAAUGUGAUGGGGUGCUUCCUGUGGAAUUCCGCUCCUUUGCUGUUGAUCCCCAGAUAACAUCACUGGAGGUCCUCCAGCACAUCCUCAUCAGAGCCUUCGAUCUGAAUGGGAGGCGUAAUUUCGGCAUCAGCUACUUGUCUCGAGAUCGCAGCGAAGCUGAAAUGUUUCAGUCACUGCUGUCCGACGGGGAUUUGGAUGUGGCAUUUUUCAGUGCUGCCAAACCACAUCUACAGCUCAAGAUGGACAUAAAACCUUCAGAAGACAGUCCUGUCAUGGAGGAUUGGGACAUCAUAAGCCCCAAAGAGGUGAUUGGAUCUGAGCAGCUCCUGGCAGAGAGGACUAGGUCUUUGGCGAAUGCCGCUCUUCCGUUCACCCAGUCCUUACUAUCCCAGGUGGGCCGCACCUUGUCCAGAUUCCAGCAAGCCUUCAGCUGGUCUUAUGGGGAAGAGAUCAAGCCUUUCAAGCCCCCUCUGAGCGACGCAGAGUUCCACCAUUACCUGAACGGCCAGGGUCAGUUGACGCGUCCCGAGGAACUACGACUGCGCAUCUACCAUGGGGGUGUUGAGCCGUCACUGCGCAAGGUGGUUUGGCGGUACCUCCUGAACGUCUACCCAGACGGACUGAGUGGACAAGAAAGAAUGGACUACAUGAAGAAGAAGACGAGGGAGUACGACCAGCUGAAGGGGGAGUGGACAAGCCGGGUCAGCCAUGACGACCUUGAAUUCAUCCGUGGCAAUGUCCUGAAGGACGUCCUGAGGACCGACCGGGCUCAUCCGUACUAUGCGGGCUCAGAAGACAGUCCACAUUUGACGGCCCUCACAGACCUGCUCACCACUUUUGCCAUCACACAUCCCCAGAUAUCCUACUGUCAAGGCAUGAGUGAUAUUGCCUCUCCCAUUCUUGCUGUCAUGGACAAUGAGGCACAUGCCUUCAUUUGCUUCUGUGGAAUCAUGAAGCGCCUGGAGGGCAACUUCCGGCCAGAUGGGCAACUCAUGUCUGUUAAGUUCCAGCAUCUAAAGCUGCUCCUGCAGUACUCGGAUCCCGAAUUCUACUCCUACCUGCUGUCCCGAGGAGCUGACGACCUGUUCUUUUGUUACCGCUGGCUGCUUCUGGAGCUCAAGCGGGAGUUUGCGUUUGAGGAUGCUUUGAGGAUGCUGGAGGUAACUUGGAGCUCUUUGCCCCCGGACCCUCCUGAAACCGAAGUGGAGCUUCAGGGCCCACCGGUGGAGACCGACGACCCCACGUCCGGCAUAGACGACGACAAGACAGGUGAGAAAUGCCUUGGUGAUGAUGCAGAAGAAAAGGAGAAGCAGCGUAAACGACACAUGCUUCGGCCUUCAAGAGAAGAACAAGAUGUGAGCGGCCAUGCUGUCAUCGGAGGAACAGGCCAAAUAAACCGGAGCGAGAGGCGGGAAUGUGCUAAUCCUCACGUUAGCGUGGAAAAGGCUCCUCCGUUUGAAAGGAAAACUAGUUUUGGGGAGUUUAAAUACUACACUGCCCGAAAUGAAGACAGCUUUCAUAUGGAGGAAGCGGAGCAGCCCCACGCUUUCAUGUCUUUAAAGUCUGUACGAAGCGUCCCACGGCGCCAGUCCACCGCCGACAGUGAGGAGGACACAGGAGAGAGAACUCCUCUCAUUAACAACUGUACCAAUGGCUUCUCCCCGAUGCCAUCGCCUCCUCCAACCUCAACCGGUCUGCCCAUGCGGAAGGCUGCUCACUCUGUGUACCCCACGUCUCCAGCUUCACCCUCCAGCUGGCCUGGUGCCUCUCCAGACUCUCCUCCAAAAUCCACAUCCCGGUCCACAACCACCGGUAGUGUGGACCUACUACGGACUGCCCCAAAGGUCAUGACCUCCUCGGUCCAGAUGCUCGGCAGUACAGGGAUCAACUCGCCCACUACCCCCACAGUAAGAACCACUGUUGCGUCUCCAACCCACAAUCGAUGCCUGCUCUCUUCACCCAUCUUGUCCUUCGGGAGACGCCCUUCGCUCUCUGGCAGCAGGUCGUCCCCCAGCACCACCGCUAACGCUUCUUUGAAAGCCGAGACCAGCAGCAUGAAGCCGAGUGCCCUGCCUCCUCCCCAAGAGUUCGGCAAAGGCAAUCCCUUCAUGCUGUUCCUGUGCCUGUCCAUCCUGCUGGAGCACCGAGAUCACAUCAUCAAGAACAGCUUGGACUACAACGAGCUGGCGAUGCACUUUGACCGCCUUGUGCGGCGCCACAACCUGAGCAGGGUGCUGCAGCGGGCCAAGGCUUUGUUUGCAGACUACCUGCAGAGCGAGGUGUGGGACUCGGAGGAAGGGGAUGAGGUCAGCUCGGACUCCCCGACCUCCGCUACCGGUGGUCAACACUCCCCGUCUUUGACUGUCUCUGCCCAGCCCGCAUACAGCCCCUUGGGGUCGCCUCCGCCAUCGUCUCCCAACUCCACCUACAACAUGGCCACCACCGUACCCUCCCCGACAGCUCAAGUUUCUCCUUCCCCCACUUCCUGAUUCUACCAUACUUCGUAUGUCGGCUUCCCGUCCUUUGAUCCCCUGCUUAGACUGUGGCCUGUUGGAGGUGUUGGAGGUGUAGACAUUUUUAUAGAGCGCACAUUCAACACAUUGAAUAGUGUUGUUAAUGAUCUCCUCAACAUAUGUAUAUACCUUUUGUCUCGCAUCAUAGCUACCUUUCCUUUUUUUUAAGUGACCUUUUCACGUUACUCCAUCUGGUUGUUCGUCCCUGAAGAGGGGCUGUGAUGCAUGAAAUGUUGGACCCUGGGAUUCUAGUACCAGGCAGUUAAGCCGCUUGUUGCAUUUAUCCUUUGUUGUCCUUUUUAUGGACUUUGUUUACAAGCUUGUGUUCUGUCCAAUAAGCCACACACGUCUUAAGUCAAGCACUCUGGUUCUGUUAGUUCUAACCCGAGUUCUUGGCAGUCUGUCAGAAGAUCAGGCCAAUGGCAACACUUGGAGACAAGACCAGCACACGUACUGUACCUCCCUGACCCAGGCCGUCACCGUGACCCUUAAAGACUGAAUGAAAGCGCUGAGGUCACAUAAACUCUCUGCUGUGCACAUAUCAGCCCUGAGAGAAAAGUUCAGCUGUCUGAACCCUGAACAGGAAAGAGGGACUCUAUUGAUAUGAUGCUCCAGUGUCCGCUGGUGUGAGCACCACUAAUAUAAUGGUAGGGGAAACAUUGUGCUCUCUGACAAAAUUGCAUUAAGAAAAACACCAAAUAUAUAUUUCUUUGACCAACAGAGAGAAGAGGACAAAGAGCGUCUCAUUCCCCACACGGGCUCAUUAGCAUGUCAGCCGCUAAACGGGCCGUUUGGGCUGAACAUGCACAAGCACCCAUUUACACUCCUCAGAGUUCUCCCAGUUCGGACAUGGAC